CCAGCUUCUUCAGAGGGCCGGGGCGGGCAUCACCAGGGCGGCGCCGAGGGCGAGUGACGCGCAGAGCUGAAACCAUGGUUCAUCAGGUGCUCUACCGGGCACUGGUCUCCACCAAGUGGCUGGCGGAAUCUGUCAGGGCUGGCAAGCUGGGGCCUGGCCUGCGGGUACUGGAUGCUUCCUGGUACUCACCGGGCACUCGGGAGGCUCGCAAGGAGUAUCUAGAGCGCCACGUGCCGGGCGCCUCCUUCUUUGAUAUAGAGGAGUGCAAGGACAAGUCGUCACCCUAUGAGAUGAUGCUUCCCAGCGAGGCGGGCUUCUCUGACUAUGUGGGCCGCUUGGGCAUCAGCAACGACACGCACGUGGUGGUGUAUGAUGGCGACAACCUGGGCAGCUUCUAUGCGCCGCGGGUCUGGUGGAUGUUCCGUGUGUUUGGCCACCGCACUGUGUCCGUGCUCAAUGGCGGCUUCCGGAACUGGCUGAAGGAGGGCCACCCUGUGACAUCUGAGCCCUCACGCCCAGAGCCCGCAGUCUUCAAAGCCACACUUGACCGCUCUCUGCUCAAGACCUAUGAACAGGUGCUGGAAAACCUAGAAUCUAAGAGGUUCCAGCUGGUGGAUUCACGGUCCCAGGGACGGUACCUGGGCACGGAGCCAGAGCCAGAUGCCGUAGGUAGGUGUCCCAGUGGGGUGGACCUUGCAAAGACACUCAUUGCCACGUGCCGGAAGGGUGUCACCGCCUGCCACAUUGCCCUGGCUGCGUACCUCUGCGGCAAGCCUGACGUGGCCAUCUAUGAUGGGUCCUGGUCCGAGUGGUUCCGCCGGGGCCCCCCGGAGACACGUGUGUCCCAGCAGAAGGAUGGGAAGGCCUGAGCAAUGGGCUUCUCCUCCACCUGUCCGUAACUCCCACUAGUUUAGAGGCUGGCGUGACCUGUAGCUGGUUCGUACCUCUUCGGCAAAGGAGAUCGACAAGGUUUAGAACUGCUGUGUGAAGCCCUCCUUUCCCCCAACAACACUGGAAUAAACAUGGCCUUUCCUGAGUC